AUGGAGGCACAACUCCGUGCGACAUCUUUUUUGUGGCACCAUCCUCUGCAGGUGUCUGGCUGCUUGAAUUUUUUAUUUAUUUAUUUUUCUUCUUUUUUAUUCCGUGUUUUGUUUUUGUUUUACAGCACGUCUUUAUUGUGUCUUUUUCUCAGUGUUUUGGCGGUGCUUGAAAUGAAUCGCGUGCAAAGUAGCUUCCGUGUGCCCGCCAGGGUUCUGAACUCCCUUGUCCAUUUGCAGGACGGCCUCAACACCUUUAUGGAUCCCGACUGGCGUCAGAUCCGCCACGUUGACGACUGGGCGCUCGCCAUCACGAUGGAAAGCGCCGAGCUGAUUGACUCCUACCCGUGGAAGUGGUGGAAGAACGUGAAGGCACAGGCGGACAUGCACAACGUGAGAAUUGAGAUUGCCGACAUUCUGCACUUCUCGCUCUCUGGUGAGAUGCAGAAGCGCACGCAGGACGGAAAAGGGGCGGGUGAUGUCGCCCUGAAGUCGCUGAAAGAAAUGGGCUUCUUUUGCCGUCCACCUGCACACGCAAAGUCAACGGAAGCUUCCGACCACAGGACGAAUGGUGGCGAUGACGAUGGUGAUGAUGAGUUGUUGGAACUCAUUUUUUUCCCGCUUACAGAAGUUGCCAGUGCUGUGGCGACAUUUCGCAACAUCAUCCAGUUGGCCAGCAUAUAUCGCUUUGACCUCAUCACGAAGGGCCUACUGUUGGCGGCGCAGGACUUGGACUUUAACCUCGUUGGCUACUACGUGGCCAAAUAUACACUGAACCAAAUCCGUCAGCUGAAGGGUUACAAGGAGGGCGCGUACGUGAAGGUCCGUGAGGGUGUUGAGGAUAAUGAGCUCCUGCACGAGUGUGUUCAAUCCGUUUCAGUGGAAGAUGUGCUCAACGAGGGGACGUACCUAAAGACAUGGGAGAAAAUUGCCUGCUCCGUAUUCGAUGCAUUUGGUAUGCCCGAGGAGGAAAGGCGGCACGCGUAUGAGUGGUUGAAAUCGGCAGCUUUGGAGGGGAAGCGGUAG